AUGAGCCAGACACUUCGAGGCGGUUGUUCUUGUGGUCGAAACAAAUGUUUCAUCAACAUCCCACUUGAUGCCAGUGACCAGGCAGAGGUCUACUUUGACUCGAGCAGUGUCAAUCGUCGGACGCAGGCCGCUCCGUUGACUGCAUGGCUUCGUGUGCCACUUGAGUGGUAUCAAUCAUCGACAGUGUCCUUCUUCCCUGACGAGACUCAUUCUGCUAUUCGGCGCACUUUUAUUCCUCCAGAGGAUCCGCAUUGCCGGCGUGUUUUCUGUGGAUUUUGCGGCACGCCACUUACGUAUUGGACCGAGAGUCCGCUCGAAGAGGCUGAUUACAUGUCAAUUACUGUGGGCAGCCUCUUCAGCCAGGACCAGAGUGCCCUUGAGGAUCUAGGACUGCUCCCAGAAGAUGUCGAAGCCGCAUCACAGAUCACUCCUGUUGGAUCUAGUCGAAGUGCCACACCGGCAGCUUCUUCGUCUAGGCAGCUCACUUCCACGGAGCCACAUGUGUUUGUGACACGCCAUAGAGGUACUCUAGGAGGAAUUCCUUGGUUUGAAGAGAUGAUCGAAGGAAGCCGGCUGGGAAGAGUAGGCAAACACCGCAGGGGAGUCGGAGGAAACGAUACGAUGCAUGUCGAGUGGGAGGUGACCGAGUGGCAUGACACUGUCCCAUCCAUCUCCACCGAGGCCUGUGAGACCACCAGCGCUAGCCCAAAAACUUCCGCUAAAAGAAAGUCCCCUCAGGUUUGUUUAUCCUAA